AGCUGGCCCUGGCGCAGCUGCGGGGUAACAGCGUUAUCGACUACACACAGCUGGGCCUGUGUUUCCGGCUGCAGGCCUGGGAGGUAAGGCCACGGGGCUCAUGAGUGCCAGGUGCCAUGGGCCCUGUGCUGUUCCCAGUGGAUGGGGUUGCGUUGUGGGCAUGGUGGGUGGACUUCCAGAACCUCGAGAUCUCUGGCCACGCUUUGCUGGGGCAGAGUAGAGGUGGGUGCGUUCUGGGGCUCCCUGCCUUGAGGGCACAGGGAAAAUACAAGCCCAGCAUAUGAGCCACGUGGGAGCCCCUGGUGUCAGCAUGGAAGCCAGGGCCAAGGGCCCACCCUGCUCACCAGCUCAGGGAACCAAGCAGCAUAGGCCAGGUACGGGGUGCCAGCUGCAGGAACUUGGGGCCAUACAGCCAGCCAGCUGCAGGGACAGAGGCUCAAGGGGAGAUUGAUGGGUGUCUCUUGGUGAAGCAAAGCCAGCUUGGUUGUGUGCUUUGGGGCCCGGGGUCCAUGGGACCCUCUUCAGAUGCAUCCCAGACUCGCAGGUACAGGAAGCAGCAAGCAUGGAGGAGGUGCAGCCAUGUGCAGGAUGGAGGUGAUCGGCCCAGGAGGCAUUUGGAGAUGGACAGUAGAGUGCUGCACGAGGCCUGGCCUUGGUCACGCAGCUGCCCGUGACAGGCAGAAGGCACAGGUACAGUACAAUGUGGCAUCUGCACAGUGCCAGCUGGGACUCUGGGCUGAGGCCACCAACACACUGGCUGAGGCCGUGGCCAGGUGGCCAGAGAGGGCACAGGAGGGCCUGACUGCGGCUCUGUACCAAGUGCAGAAGCAGGCCCCUCUGCAGCCACGUCAGGUUCCCCCCGGCAAGGUCUUCCGGCCACACAGGAGGUACCUGGAGCACCUGGAGCCCAUGGAUUUCCUGGGCAAGGCCAAGGUGGUGAUCCCUGCUGUCCCUGAUGCCUGGCCCUCAGGCGUCCAGCCUCCACAGGGACGGGGAGCCCAUGGUGAAGCUGGCUGCGGGGCUGCACCAUGGCCCCAAGCCUUGGAUCCCAGAGGAGCCAGAACCCAUGACAGCUCCCGAGAUGCAGCAAGGGAAGCCAGCUCUGACCCCCCCGGGCGGGCUGACAGCUGCCUGCCUGUCACCUCCCAGGAGAUGAGGUCCCAGGUGGUGCCAGCUGGCAAACCAGCCCCUCCAUCUACAGGGCUGCCUGGGCCAGGCCCUUCCCAGGACCCUAUGAGCACUGGGAACUGCCCGCACCCACCCCAGGGAGCAGCUGUGCAGGACUCCAGGGACGCUGCCACGGUCACCGUGCAGUGCAUUCUCACCGUGGGACUGCAGGCACCCAGAGGAGCCGGGUUGGCCAGCCUUCGGGCCCUGCUGGCUGAAGCCCUCCCUGCCCAGGCCCAGCGGGCACAGCUUAGUUACUGGGCCCCGGAGGAUGGCAAGCUCUGGGUCCCCAUCCCCGGGGAGGCCACCCUGCAGAAGGCAUGGAGGGAUGCGGCAUCCGGCCCCCGAGGGCUGCGGCUCCGGUGCCGGGGUGCCGCGGGCCGGCCGGUGCUGUACCAGGUGUUGGCCCAGCACGACUAUUCAGCCCAGGGCCCUGAGGACCUGGACCUCCGCCGAGGGGCCUUGGUGGACGUCCUGGGCGAAGUGGAUGAGGCCUGGCUGGAGGGGCACCGGGACGGCGACAUCGGCAUCUUCCCCAAGAGCUUUGUGGUUCCAGCUGGUGGAGAAGCGCCCAGGGCCUCAGGGCCCCAGCAGGAAGACUGGCUCUGAGCAGUUCUUGUGGCAGAAGGUUUAAUAAAAACAACACCACCA